CAACACUGCCCUCCUCUACGGCAGUUCAGGCGCCAGGUGGGAUUGGCAGGUCAAAGGCCAGGGCGUGUCCGUGGGCGACCACCGAUUGGUCAUCAGUACUGGUCCCGCCCCCAGCCGCGCACGUGGGAAUGCCAGCGCGGUGGGCGCUGGCUGGUCCAUUCGGGUGUCAAACGCAACAAGGGGUUCGCGACAAGUGUGGGCCGGGGGGAGGCGGGGGAUCGAGCCUGGUUUCCGGCCCAAGGACCGUUCCAAAUUCUAAAGUGGUCAUAACCGUUGUCCACCGGAGAGGUGGAGGGAGGGCCACCACGGGCGGUUUUUCCGCUCCGUCGGGAGGCUGGCCUGGCGGAUUCGGGACCCGAGCAGGAGUAGAAGGUUUGCCAGUCUUAUAUGACUAAGCAGUUUCACAAAUAAACCCUCCAGCAAGUUUAAAAUUAAUUAGGCUCAACUCACUAGAAGUGGACCAUCUGCUGUUACACAAAAAUGAUGUCUAAUGGUUCCAGUGAGAUGGAUGUGAUUAAAACACGGAUACCAACUUAUGAAGAGGAAGAUGAUGAUGAUAACACUGUUCUUUAUGCAUAUGAGCCAAGCACUACAUUUUUCAACAACCAGGAAAAUGUCCUAUCUGACACAUCCUACAAUGAUGAGGAGCAGAAAACAGUUUUGGAUAUUCUGACCCAUUGUCAGGUUAUAUAUGAUGCUAUCCAAAACCUGGAUAAGAAAUUUGAUGUCAUUGAUGGAAAAUUGUCAAAAAUCCAACGUGUGCGUGCAAGAUCCUUUUGGAACUAUCGUAAGCCACUUGGAUUUGCACACAAGAAUCAUAAUUCUCUGCUUUCUAAAAGAGUUAAGGUCCAAAAAGCAAAAAAGAAGGAACGUCUCAAUUCAUUCUCUUACCCUGAAAGCUACAGCCCAACUCUACCAGUUCGCAGACAAGAAAAUGAUGACAGCAAUCUUGUGAUCUCAUCUUUUCAUUCGGAGGAAUCCCAGGAUAUGGAGCAGGAGUCUCUGAUCAGGGAUCAGGAGUUAUCCCUCAGAGAUAGUCCACCUGUCCCACCACUCUUCCCUGGGCGCUCGUUCCAGACAUACCUCAGAUCUGAUGACAACACACAUGGUCCUUCAAUUGUGUCCUGCUUUGCCAGCCCUAGGGCUCGCAGCACCAGCAGCAUCUCUUCUGCUGGGGUUUUCGAAACAGCAUCUGCAAAUGGAGCUUCCAUGCCAGUAUCUACAGCAACGCUGGCCCGAGGAGAGUCCAACCCUGAUAUUAUGAAUUAUCCAGCCUUGCUGGAUAAUAUGCAUACUCUGUCAUCUCACCAGAUGCCAUCUGGUUUUGUUACAAGUUCACCAAUUCAAGCUGAACUGGACCAAGGCUGCCCUGAAGAUCCUUCAACCUGGUCCGUGGAUGAAGUGAUCCUGUUUCUGAACCAGACAGACCCUCAGAUGUCAGGCCCUCUCUCCAGCCUCAUUGAACAACAUGAAAUUGAUGGGAAGGCCCUGCUGCUACUCACUAGUGACACCAUGAUCAAGUAUAUGGGGUUGAAGCUUGGAACCGUCUUGAAGCUGUGCCACUACAUUGAAAAGCUUAAAGAAGAAAAAGGCCUCAACAAUUGAAUGCCUGCAGAAGUUGAGAUUGGAUUUACCAAUUUCUUCUUAGUGUAGUCAUUAUUCUGUCCUUAGUAGUUUGUUUUCUAGAAGGUUCCUCAAAAAAUAUGUUAGAAUUGUAGAACUAUAGCAUAGUCAAAUCUACUUAAUUUAAAAACCAUUUAACAUGUUAGUAUUAGUAUAUUCAAAUUGAAAGUUCAUUCUUUAUGCCUUUUUGUUAUUUUUCAUCAUAUACUUUACAAAUAUACUUCAUGUAAGAAAUAGAAAACAACCCUUCAAUUUAUGUGCAUCUUUAUAUAUAGAACCACAACAGCUUAAGAGGAAAUACAACCUCAACCUCUAUAGUGAAACCCAUAAUGGAGAAUUUUUCCUCAAAAGAGAAUUUUAAGGUGAAUCUGUAGCCAUCAUCUCUUUUUCAAUUAUUUUAUCUGAUAUGUUUUACCAGUUUCUAGAAAAGAAAUAGCUAUAUAAAGUAUUUUACUCUCUGUUUUUGUUUUUACAUAUUAUACUUGUUCAGAUUAAGAGGAAAAAAACAAGUUUAUAGACUUUCUUGAAAUAUUCUUACCAGUUUUCGAAUAAGUUAUAAGAUAGAAUGAUCAUUUUAAGCAAAAGAUAUUUUACUGCAAGAGUGGUGUAGAUGGAGUUACUAUAUUUUGUUUGGCAAAAAGACCUGUUAUUUUAAAGCUUACAUGUUUCAGCUAUAGUUAGACAUAGAAAUAGGAAUUAAUUGUCUACAUUUCUCUAUGAAGAUACCUAUAUCCAAGUUUUCAAAGGAAUCCUAUUUUGUCAUAUGUACUUAUUCCUCAUGUGGGUGCUAUUUCAUAAUUCUAUUUUAAUCUAUACCUGAAGUAUAUACACAAGUCAAUCUUUUUAAAUUUAAAAUGGCACUUUGCACUGCUGCAGAGGGAAUGACAAGCUUUAUUUUAAUGAGAUGUUUUUAUUUAUUCUGUUACAAUAUGCCAUACUUCCCAUCACCAGUAUCUCUCAGUUUACUCUCUAGGGAGUCACAAACAACCCAUAGGUUGGUUUCCAUUCAGGGAAGUUCUCUGUCUUGUGUACUGUUUCUCAUUCUUUUGCCUGGCUUUGAGCCAUUUAUCCUGCUGAACUUUGAAUGAUAACAUUAGUUCUGACUUACUGAUUUGGCUUUAUUUUAUAAUUUAAAACUUUUAAGAGAAACAUGUUCAUCAUUAUUAUUCUCUUGUUAAAUUGUUUAACUUUGGUACAUCUUUAAGCUAUGAGAAUUGGUGCUAAUAAUUGUUAUUAGCCACUUGUUAUAAAUGGUAAUAAAUAAAAAAGUAAACAUUCACCAGGGGCAAGAAUGCACACUUUGUUCUUAGAAAACCAACUGUAUGUACAAAUGCAACUAUUCAUUGGGCACAUGCAAUUUAAAGGAUGACUUUAUCUGUGUUAUUCUGUAUGUGGUGUGAAGCAAGAUUCUAACUUAAACUUGGUCUUUGGUCAAAUUGUUUGUAUGAAGAUGCUGUGCCCAGUUGAACAUUCCUCAGGUGUUUGAAAAAUACUAUGUUUUGCUGUUUUCAGAUCUUAAACUAUAAUAAAGUUAAAUAACGGCAACAAUUAAU